GCGAUCGACCUCCGUGUUCACCUCAGCCGUCGAUAGACCGCCUGUCCGUGACGUGGGCGGAUCCAGACUCCAGCAUGACAUCUCCGGGAGUAAAUCUGUUUCACCUGCCCUCAGAAACACCUGUAAGCAGCGACGUCAAGUUUUCUUCGGCUGGAGAUGUUUCGGAAGAUGAAGAUUACUCGGCUAGUUUGAGCGCGGUGUUACGGCAACGCCGCGCGAGCGUGCGGCGAUCUCGGAAAGGCCGAACUAGGCGACCCUCGUCACCGUUCCUGCCUGAAGACAAUCGUUCUAGACGUAGAUCUUCAGUUUUUACCACUAGUUCCGGAGACACAGCAAUAUCGAUUGAUGAGACUCCAGCUAUGACCCAAGAGCAAAUUUUCGAGAACAUACAUCUUCAUAAAGAAGUGUUAACGUCCGUAAAACAGCAACCAUUAGGCAUGCGACGCAAAUUAAAAAUUGUUCAUCAAGCAAAAGCUUACAUCAAGCGGCACGAGGGCCAGCUACAAGAACGAUUAGCACAAUCGAAAUGCACAAAGGACAUAUACGCAAGAUUUAGUAUUCUCUUAGCGACUAAAUGGCAGCAACUGAAAAGAGAAGCCGCAAAUACUUCUAAUUUGUUGAUACCCUGGGAACUGCGUAUAAAAGAAAUUGAAUCACACUUUGGAUCAGUGGUCGCUUCUUAUUUCACGUUUCUAAGGUGGCUGUUUUGGGUCAACUUAGUUAUCGGUUUCAUAUUACUGGUUUUCGUAAUUGUGCCAGAGUACCUCACAGCAAACCCUGUACAAGAUGGGGAAAGAAAGAUAAUUAUGGAGGAGGAACGCCGCAAUGCCACAAAUCUUUUAACUUUAUGGGAAUUCGAUGGUGUUUUUAAAUAUUCUCCGAUAUUUUACGGCUAUUAUAGUAACGUAGAACGAUCAGAAUACAAAAUGCCAUUAGCUUAUUUUCUGACGGGCUUGGUGGUCUAUGUAUAUAGUUUCGUCGCUAUAUUGAGGAAAAUGGCGGAAAAUUCACGCAUGUCAAAACUAUCGGAAAAAGAAGAUGAGUGUAUAUUCUCGUGGAAGCUAUUUACCGGUUGGGACUUUAUGAUUGGAAAUGCAGAAACAGCGCAUAAUAGGAUUGCUUCAGUCAUUUUAGGUUUUAAAGAGGCGUUACUGGAAGAAGCAGAAAAAAAGAAAAAUUUGGGAAAUUGGCGAAUUAUUUCCCUAAGGGCAAUAGUAAAUAUUUGCGUAGUAAUUCUCUUAAUAGUAUCAGCAUUUGCUGUAGUUACUGUAGUGUCGCGCUCUGACGAUAUUGACAAAUCACCCAGUUGGUGGCGUGAAAAUGAAACAACUACUGUGGUAACUGUUAUAUCCAUUACAUUUCCGAUAUUUUUUGAACUAUUGGGCUUUUUAGAACAUUACCACCCCCGAAAACAGCUAAGAUUACAAUUAGCCAGAAUUAUGCUGUUAAACUUGCUCAACUUAUAUUCUUUAAUAUUUGCUUUGUUUAGCAAAAUAGAAGGUAUGAGCGGGGCAUUAGUAAAAUUACAGCCACAGCUCAAUAUGAAUGAUUCUGCUCCGUUUGCAAAUAACCUAAAUAUGGAUGAACUAUCAACUACUCGUAUUCCUACUAAGUGCCUUGAAAUUUCUAUUCCGUGUCUUCCUUGCCAUAUGAUGACACUUCCAAUAGCAAAUGACAUAAUAAAAGAAUUUAAUGCUAUUGAAACCACACCAAUUUACAAUACACCCAAGCUUAUGUCUUUAAUACAAGAAAUGGAAAAUAAUAUUAAUUUUUAUAAUAAUGAUGAAAUACAAGAGACCACUGUCAUUAGUGUUUUACAAAAAGAAUUAGAGCGACUUAGAAAUUUAAAUGGAGGAGAUGACACUGAUGAAAAUGAAUCUGACGCUGAAGAAGAUCACGCUGAUGACUACGAAUUUUACGAUACAAGCAUCGACGUAUCGGAAUCUACGACAGUUUCUGACUCACCUACAGAUAUCAUAAGUACUGAGGAAAUAUUUACAGGCUCCGCUUCUACUGAAUUUGAAAAUCAAUCGGAUCUAACAGUUAGUGACACUACGACUGAAAGUUACUUCUCAAAUACAAUACAAAGUACGAAUAGUGAAUCAAAUACAGAAAACACUUAUUCUUCAUCACAAAGUACUUCCAACACCGAAUUCACAUUGCAUACUUCAUCAGAGACAGUUUUCCAAUCUACCGAAUCUAAAGAUAUCACAACGCUAUUUCAAUAUAUUUUUACUACAGACAGCAGUAACACAUAUGACGCAGGAACAGAAGAUGUUAAUCCAACUGAAAAAACUACGUUGUAUCCAAAUAAUACUACACUUGAAUAUUUUUCAAACAAUGCUAAAAUGUGUCCAAAUAUAUCAUUUAAUUGCUCAAUUGAUUGUGGAGGAAAUGAUAUUACUCAAAUAUUUUUUAUAUCGAAUUGUGCGGUUGUAGAUAUAAAAUGCUUUGUGACUCAAUGUGUUACAAUACCAUCAGAAAGUAAAAGCUUUUCCAAUGAAACGUUACAUGAUACAGUAUACUAUGAUAAACACAAACGAAAAAUGUACAAUUUAACAGUGACAACGAGAAAAAAAUUACUGAAGUUAUGUUGGGAAACUAUGUUUGGACAAGAAUUAGUAAAAUUAACAAUGAUGGACUUGGUAUUUGUUCUGUUGGGAACCCUUUUCAUGGAUUUUUUUCGAGCACUUUUUGUAAGAUAUAUGAAUAAAUGUUGUUGUUGGGAUUUAGAAAAAAAGUUCCCUGAAUACGGUGAUUUUAAAAUUGCAGAAAAUAUUUUACAUCUAAUCAACAAUCAAGGCAUGGUUUGGAUGGGCAUGUUCUUUUCACCAGGACUUGUAGUUCUUAACGUAUUCAAAUUAAUGAUAAUGAUGUAUCUUCGAUCUUGGGCAGUAAUGACCUGUAAUGUGCCGCAUGAAGUUGUAUUUAGAGUUUCUAAAAGCAAUAAUUUCUACUUAGCUUUAUUGUUAACAAUGCUGUUUCUAUGUGUUCUGCCCGUUGGUUAUACUAUUGUGUGGGUUAAACCAUCAUGGCAUUGUGGGCCCUUUUCAGAAUAUGAUAAAAUUUAUAAGAUAUUAACAACAAACAUAUACAAAAUCCUUCCGGAAACACUUAACUUUGCAUUGGAAUACAUUGCUUCACCAGCUAUUGUGAUACCGUUGCUAGUGCUGCUCAUAUUAAUAAUAUAUUACCUAACAUCUCUCACGAACUCACUGAGAGAGGCUAAUAAUGACUUAAAGAUACAACUCCGAAGGGAGAGAACGGAGGAAAGACGAAAAAUGUUUCAAUUAGCUGAUACAAGAAGACGAACUGGAUCAUCAUCUAUUGAUAAUACUCCAUUUGGGAGAUGGAAAAAGGCAUUACCUUCACUUCCAAUAAGUAAAUCAAUUGAUUCCGAUGAUCGUAAAACUACCAUGGGUGAAAUGGAUAUAAAGGCACCAGAAAAAAUUAAACGAAGAGGAAUAUUUGCUAAAAUAGUUGGACUAGCUUUGGACAAAAAAAUUCCUACUAAAGAACCAUCUGAUAUUUUACCAUCAACAAACAAUGACGACGAAACUGAUACUGAUUUUCAUGAAUCGUUGCCUAAAGAAAUACUAAAGAUGAAAGACAUCAUAGCGACAAAAAAAAGGGAACACAAUAUUAAAAGAAAUGCAGUAGAUUUUACAAUGAAUAUAAAAAACAACGUGACUGAUGAUAAGAACUCUAAACAAGCUGUUGAAAAAAGUAUAAAAACAAAUGGAAAUAAAGAAGAUAACACUAAAACUGAUGUUAAAAGUGCUAACUUUAAUGCAGACAAGAAACUUCAUAGAAAACAAACGUCGGAGUCGAGCAACCAAUCCAAACAAUCUGAUUCAAUCAGUUCAGUUAUACCAGUUAUAACAAUAAGCACAACCGAAAGUGAUGAAGAAAUUAUACAGAAUUCAAAUAUUACUGAAAACAAAGAGAAAACACAAGAAAUUAACCCUGAAAACAAAUCGCGUGCUCAAAAAGACCAAUUAAGAAAAACAAAAAACAGUUCAGAUUUGAAAUCAUUACAAAGACAAAGUAGUUUUGAGAGCAUACACGAAAACAAAAUAACUACUAAUGAUAAAUUUGAUAAAGGAGGACAUAAAUAUCAAUACUCUCUUUAAAUUUCGACGUAAAAUCUAGGCACUUAGCUAUCACAGAAAUAAAUAAAUAUCAAGUGAUUUCUCUUUUCUCCAAUUCUUUAUUUCUUAAUAAUAGAAAUAAAAAAUGUUAACAGAA